AUGCCAGAACUGGCACAUCACCCUCUUGAGGCAUGUGCGGGAGUCUCUCCAGUGGUGGGGACAUUUGCUUCAUCUGGAGAAAGGCCUUGCCCUCAGAACCUCAACAGUUUUGAUUGUCACCAUGGAUUACGUUCCAUACCAAUCAAGGACCUCACCCUCAAGACAGUUUUUCUUGUGGGAAUCACCUCAGCUAGGAGGGUGGGGGAACUGGGGUCCCUCUCCAUCCGGGAGGAGCUGUGCGUAUUUCACCCAGUCAAGGUGGUUCUUCGCCCUGACCCCAGUUUUCUCCCCAAGGUCAAUUCCUUGUUCCACAGGGGACAGGACAUCUCUCUACCCAACUUCUGCCCCAACCCAGUCCAUUGCAGGGAGAAGAAGUGGCACAAACAUGAUGUCAAGCAGGCACUUUGGAUCUACCUGGACUAUACAGAACCGUUCAGGAGGUCUGAGGCCCUGUUCGUGUCCUUUAAACAGGGGGCGCAGGAGUUAAAGGUGUCCAGGUCCAUCAUCAGCCGCUGGGUGAAGGACUGCAUGGUUAAGGCCUAUCAGGGAUCACUGCGCACUCAGAGAGGCUGCCACCAGGCUGGCACUCUACAAGCAUGCCCCACUGGAGGAAAUCUGCAAAGCCACCACCUUGGCUCACCCAUCCACCUUCAUCAAGCACUACAAGUGCUGACUCUGCCUGCAGGAAGAGUUAACCCAUUCCUGUCUGCUCCACUCUCCACUGACUAGAAGGACACUUCACGGUAAGUUCAACUUUCCAUUCAGGUCCUUCUGUAUAUAAGGAAGAUGCUAUACCACUGAGC